AUGAACGAUGAACGCUGCGUGAGCAUGAGGGGGCCCAAUUGGGACGGAACGAAGGUAUAUCUAUUUUAUUGUUAUUAUUAUUUUUAUUUUUGGAGGCGAGUGGGCGGGCGCUGUGAAUUAUUGUUAUUUUGCCGGAAACCGCCCUGGUUGGAAAUAUGCUUCUUUCAAUUUGUUGCUUUGAAGGCGGCGCGAAGGGCAGAGUUGUUGAGGCGCACGUUUGUGGGGCAGGCCGCCGAACCGCGAUGGCCACCGCACAGGCGUUUUGCUUGGAGGCGGCGCGGCGCCCCAGCGGCGUGUUCAUUUGAUUUUCGCCCGGCAUCUGCGCCAGACAUGGUGCCCCACGCGGAGGGCGCGCGUUUCAUCGUGGAGGGGGAUAAUUCCAUUUGUUUGACUUUGAAUGGGGCCACCGCACGGGGCUUGCCGCGCUGCAAGGUUGAAGGGUUUCCUUCGCGGUGUUGUCGGAGCCUGGGGUCCCCUCGGGGGCUUUUUACGGCGGCCACGGCAGCCCUCCGCGCGGGAUGGGCGGCACACGAGGAGCGUGAGUCGGCGCCGCGCCACCCGCACGAUUGCGCCGGGGCUCAGCUGAGCAGUCAACGAAUUCAGCUGCGGUGCGCCGCCAGCUGCCCCGCACCCGUUGGGUAA